UGAAUUCUCGGUCAUUACUGACUUCCUCCCACUCAGAAGGAUAUUUGAAACAAGCGCUCAUGGCAGCUAAUGAAUACCGUAGUUACCUGCGGAACCAUCUCGAAAUGGAGACCGGUCAGCCGCGAUUUCAUGCUGCCCAAAGUACUGCGCCGACUUAUAGAUCACUUAUUUUUGGAACUCUUGCUGUAAUUGGAUUGUUGCAGGUCGCGUCAAGUGUUGCAAUUUUGCUACACUUAACUGGGUAUCUACGCGAGGUAGAUCUUUCCUCAACCCAACCAUUAGAGGAGAUGAGAACUGAACCGUACCUCGCGGAUGCCCUGAAGGAUCCAAGGAAAAGAACCAAAUGCCCCAAGAAGAGAGAAGUGAUCCCUGAGGCCCAUCUUCCUAUCAGAGGACCCAUUGACUUCUCCAACACAGAAGAUGAGAAGACUGUUAUGAUCCACUGGAAUGAUCAGUAUGGGCGGUUGAAGAAGAUCCGAUACAGUGACGGGCGGAUCCUGGUGGAAAAAGGGGGAUUGUACUAUGUCUAUGCCAAGACCUGCUUUCGGCACUAUGUUCAGGGCGCAGGCUCCUCUUCCGACCAGCCAGACGUGAGCAACGCCCAGUUGAUCCAGUAUGUUUACCAUGAGAAGCACACCCAGUCUACCAUCAAACCUGUCCUUCUCAUGAAGAGUGGUAGUACCAUGAGGUGGGAUGACAAACACUACAAUAUGUACUGUGUGCAACAAGGGAGGGGUAUCCACCUCAAUCAAGGGGAUGGCAUCUUUGUGAAUGUGUCAAACUCCUGGUUACUGGACCCAGAGCCUGAGGGGAGUUACUUUGGUGCUUUGAAACUGGGCACUAUCAAUGAACUCUGUUAAAUGUUGUAUGUAUGUUUUGUAAUUAGUUUUAAGGGACAAUAAUUAUCAGUGCCACAGAAACUCAAUUUCAUUUUAAAACAGCCUGCUCCGUUUAAACACAUUUUUUUUAAGCAACCUGCAAAGUUGCUCUGGUACCACAUCCUAUUGCAAAUCCAAAUUCCAAAUUCCUGGUAUGUGUUAUUUGUUGUAGCACUGUUUCACUGUUUUUCAUGAUUUUCACUGACUGGUCUGACGUGUCAGCAACCAGCUGUUGUGAUGUCUCCUUCAUAGUAAACCAGGGGCAAGGCCCAAGAACCAUUGAACAAUGUGAACAAGCCCAUGGAUACAUGGAUGAACUUUAUCAAGGGCGAAAAUAGAAUCAGUCCCCAGGGUAUUUUUUUUUUUUUUUAAACAGUUCUUUUGUUAUCGGUUUAUUUAUCUUUGUAGUAGUCCACUUGCAAGAGUAUAUAGCUGGCAUAAAUGUAGCCAUGUGAUCUACUGUCACAUUUCCUAAGGGAUGGAAAUGGAAAUGUAUGGAUAUGACUGUGUGUGAGUACAGGACUGACAAUGACCACGUGUCUGUGUAUGACUGUGAGUGAGAACAGGACUGACAAUGACCACGUGUCUGUGUAUGACUGUGAGUGAGAACAGGACUGACAAUGACCACGUGUCUGUGUCUGACUGUGUGUGAGUACAGGACUGACAAUGACCACGUGUCUGUGUAUGACUGUGUGUGAGUACAGGACUGACAAUGACCACGUGUCUGUGUAUGACUGUGAGUGAGAACAGGACUGACAAUGACCACGUGUCUGUGUAUGACUGUGAGUGAGAACAGGACUGACAAUGACCACGUGUCUGUGUAUGACUGUGAGUGAGAACAGGACUGACAAUGACCACGCGUUUGUGUCUGACUGUGUGUGAGAACAGGACUGACAAUGACCACGUGUCUGUGUCUGACUGUGUGUGAGAACAGGACUGACAAUGACCACGUGUCUGUGUCUGACUGUGUGUGACUGUGUGUGAGUACAGGACUGACAAUGACCACGUGUUUGUGUCUGACUGUGUAUGACUGUGUAUGAGUACAGGACUGACAAUGACCACGUGUUUGUGUCUGACUGUGUGUGAGUACAGGACUGACAAUGACCACGUGUCUGACUGUGUGUGAGUACAGGACUGACAAUGACCACGUGUUUGUGAAUGAGUCUUUAGAUCGGUUAAAAAGUCAUCGCAAAUGGAGUGAGUGAUAAUUGAUUUCAUGUCCAAGAAAAAGGGAGAAGGAUAUCUGGAUUUUCUAGAUUUCUCGACAAGAUGGACUUGCAUGCAUUUGAGCUACAUCUUAACAUGGAUCUCCUUUUUUUGCAGAGAAUUUCUCAAACUAAUGAGUUCUGAUUUAUACAUGUGGCCUUUUGCCCACAAGGCGUUAUUGUGGCACAUUUACUGUUGGACUUGUAAUCAGGGUUAGUGGUACAUUGUAUAGGAUGUACUUACAGAGGAUGGCAGAAAAAGUCUUGACUCGCCUAUUGCACAGAAUUCUGUCCUGCAUUAUAAGGAGACUACAAAAUGUAAGAUUUAAGAUAGCUGGCCUGUCUUCUUGUCAGUGUAACAGCUGAAAUCACUGACUAAGAAAUACGUGGAACCAAAUUGACUUUGGUACACUGUUAAUUUAAGAUGUAAGCGUUUCUUUCUCCUCACCUCACUGAGUGUGCAAGGGAAAAUGCACUAAAAGUAUUUAUUUAUUUGAUACGAAUAGUUGUGAAUUAGAUCAUUACUAAAUGGUCUAUUAUAUGUAAAAACAUGUACAUUUGUUUUUCUGCUCUUCUAUAGUUUAUGUUUUCAGAAGAUAUCUUCUUUUGGUCAAUUCAGCAUAUUUUUCUCCUGCACAGUGCCUCUGUUUGAAAGCUUAAAUGAGUGGUUUCUCAGUUGAGGAACUUAUGUAUUUAUCUUCACAUGACAAUUCUGUGUGCUCAGUCAAAAACAGAAUAUAUUAGUUUUUUUAAGUUGCUUCAUAUUUCCAAAAACGUUGUUAAAUAAUAUGUUUAUUUAUAUCAUUUUAAUUAAUAAAGUACUUUUCUAAAUAUGUC